AUGCAUUCGUUCGUUACCUACACUCUUUUGGCUUCGGCCUCUCUGGUGGCUGCCAUCGACCCCCGAUUCGAGUUCCCCGACACUGUUCCUGCUCUUCUCAAGCGUCAGGCCCCUGGCACCCCUCAGUAUGCCUGCCACGAGGACUGCGGUCUCUUGAUCACUCUUGGCCGCACCGAGGGCUACUGUGACAACGACGAGUGGAACGAGCGCUACGGACGUUGCAUGAUCUGCGCCAACACCUACAACAUCUGGCAGUACUACCGCGACGGUGUCACCAGCGCCGCCGAGGAGUGCGGUCUCUCGCCUACUCCCAGCCCCUCUGGCUCUGAGGCUCCCGCCUCCACUGCCGAGGAGGAGGAGCCCUCUUCCACUGCUGCGGCUCAGCCCUCUACCACCCAGGCCCAGGACCCCGUGACCACCGAGGCCGACGAGGAGGAGGAGCAGACCACUGAGGCUGGCCAGCCUUCUACCACUGCUGCUGCUGAGGAGACUGACGACUCCACCCCCGAGGCUACCACCACUGGUGCUGCCCCCGAGGAGACUGAUGACUCUUCCGAGACCACCAAGGCCUCCGAGACUGAUGCUGCCUCUGAGGAGACCUCCUCCGGUGCUUCCCAGCCCUCUGCCGCCACCACCCUAACCACUGCCGCUACCCCUGCUGCCGAGUCCACCGACGCCGGCUCCGCUGGCACCAAGACCUCGGUCGACGAGAUCGGCACCAUCGGUGUCACUGCCACCCCCGCACCCACCACGGUCAUUGUUAACGCCGGUGCCAAGCACUUCGGUCUCGCUACCGCCGUUACCGUUGCCGCCCUGGCCAUGAUUGGUCUUUACUAA